AUGUCUGCCAACUACAAGCAAGAGGAGAGCACGGCCAGGCAGCCCCAUGCCAAGGAGAACGAGGAGCAAACCGCAAACAAGAAGAAGCUCAGCUGUGCAGAGUGUCGGAGGCUCAAGUUGAAGUGCGACAGGGAGGUGCCCUGCUCGAAUUGCGUCAGGCGAGGUUGUCGCGAGCUAUGUCCCGAUGGAACCAAAGAGACUCGCCGAGGAGGACUGGAUGCCAAGAGCUCAGAAGCGCUUCAGAAGCGCCUAACGACACUCGAAGGGCUACUAUCAGAGCACGGAUUCGAAGUAGGGGAAGACAGCUCGAUACAACGGCGGCCAUCCCGCCGUGACUCGGAUGUCGCCUCAGUACAUCGAAGCUCAAUAUUGGGGGAGGAUUGGAAACCAAAUCGGGGAACCUCAGAGUCCCCGUACUACUCUACAUCCAACAGACGGAGUCGGUCGCCCUCUCGUGGACGCAACGAAAUGCAGGCGUCUCGGUAUCCGAUCUCGAACUCGCCGGGGACAAAUCCGUUUUCGUAUCCAUCGCCAAACGGAGGACCGUCGUCCUCACAGCCAUCCAGCAUUGUAGCUCCUCAUCCACAGCUCCCGCCCAUAUCAUCUUUCAACACUCGCGGUAGCGCUCCCGUGGGGUCGCCGGUCGAGCAUAGUCAUGGAACGUUGGUGAUUGGCAAAUCGGGAAGGUCGAGAUAUCUAGGGCCCACAGCAGGUACUGAAUGGUUGAAAAACCAAGAGAUGGGCGGUAUGGAGACUCCCGGCCAUUCACGGUCUCCAGUCGCUGGUACAUCCGCUCUAGCCAACCCUCAGAUCCCAUCGAAAUCGUAUUCCGAUCCACUCUACUCAUUCCCCUUCAACGAACCUGUCGCUGCUGCAGACGUUGAGACCCUGUUCUCCAGAUUGCCAGCUCGAGGGGAUGCGGAAGUGCUAGUAGACUCGUACUAUCGGUAUUUCGCUUGGAACCAUGACCCAGCACCUCGGAAAACCUUUCAGCCUAUAUUUGAAAAGGUUUACGAUGCCUCACAACGUCCACAACCUGAAGCAAGCGUCCAUCUCCAGCAAUUAGCAUUGGUCUACAUCAUCCUUGCUAUGGGGACGGUGCAUAAUAUUGAGCUACCGCCGCAUGACGAAAGCGCCGAAGAGUACUUGGCUCUGGCAAAAGGGAGUCUGACGAAAGGCAAUUUCUUGAACCAUGGAACGAUAGCUGGUGUUCAGACUUUGGUAACGAUGGCACAUUACUACCUGGAAACGGAGAGUGGCAGGAAUGGAGAUGCCGCUUGGCCGUUAUGGGGCUUGGCUAUGAGUCUUGUGGUGGCUAUGGGCCUGCACCGUGAUGGAGCCAAGUGGGACCUGCCUGAAGAUGUGGUCCAUGAACGACGCCAUGUCUUUUGGGAAUGCCACACUAUUGAAGUCUUCCAAGCCAACUGUUUCUCUCGACCAAACUCACUAGCAAACAAAUUUAUCGACACUGCUUUUCCGAGCCCCAAUCCCUCAGAGAUCGCGAUGGGUGGUAAAGGGUGGCCAACGCUGAAGUUUGAGCUGUGUCAGAUAUCAUCCCGGAUACUCGAAGUCGGCCUCACAGUCAACUUUCAGGCAUAUGAUACGAUCCAAAAGCUCUACGCCGAGCUAUGUGACUUUGAGCUCAAUGUGCCGUACGACAUACGGUGUCGGUGUGCUCUUUUGGCCCUUCCUUCUGUCUAUCCAGAUGCCAACAUGGCCCGGCGGAACAGCCCUGAAGUCAGCCGGCAUAAUCUGCACCGGACGCUACAGACGUAUACUCUGGCACUCAAUAUCGCAGAGGCGAUAUUGUUUCUGCAAAGGCCCUACUUUGUGAUGGCCAUGCACGAUGCGCCCAAUGACCCUACACGGUCGCUAUACGGGCACUCAUAUCUCGCAGUGGUGGAACGGUGUAAUGUCAUCAUUCAAGUCGUCUCAGAUCUCUAUCGUCUCCACCCGACCAUCAUCUCUCGCCAAUGGUUUUUCUGGUACCACCUCUUCACCGCCGCCGUCUGCCUCGGCACCCUCAUCCUCAAGAAUCCUCAGUCUGCGCUCGCCGCCUUUGCUCUCUCCCAGAUCGAACAAGCCAUUCAGGUCUACUCCACCCUCAUAAAACAGAACAAUUCGCCCUCAAUGGUGCAGAACCACGAUUGGCUCGUGAGGCUGCACCAGCGGAGCGCAAAGAAAAUUGCACAGACCUCUGCCACUGCUGGGAAUGGGACUGGACCGCAUACUUGGAAAGACGACGAGCAAGGGCAAGAGGAAGAGGAUAGAGAACUUUUGGGGUGGAAGACUAGGCUCAUUGAGCGUGCUGCCUCUGGUGCGCACAAAGCGAUCAACAUUCCCUCGAAACCUAUUAUCGACCAGCGCACACCAUCACCGAUGGUGAAUAACGCAGCCAUGACGCCCGCAAUGCACUUGCUACAGCAGCACUUUGUGCCCCCGCUUGAUCGUCCGCCUGUUAGUGGUAUGCUGGGCACGAGCGCGCACACGCUGGGCAUGGACAAUUCAACAGAUCUCUUGUUGCAUCAAUUCUGGGAUCCCAUGAUGAUGCCUGAUGGAGGCAAUAUGACGAGCGCCAAUUGGUGGUCAUGGGAUCUGGGAAUGCCCGAGAACGGGGCGCCCCCGCCUUCCAAUCCGCAAAGCGCAUCGCAGCAUACUCCACAGAGUGUGCAGAAUACUACCUCUCAGACCCCUGCUAUGUCAGGCACUGUACCAGAAUAUCGCCCCCCACCAUCAAUGAUGUAG